GCAACGAAACAGGAAAAAAAAAAGUUUAGUAAAGAGCUAGCGAGCGGGGCCAGCGGCGGCGGCCGGGCGGAGUGGGGGCUUCAGCGGGCCCUGGAGCCAGGUUUACAGAAGAGGAAAAUGGCUCAAGAAACUAACCAUAGCCAAGUGCCUAUGCUUUGUUCCACUGGAUGCGGAUUUUAUGGAAACCCUCGUACAAAUGGAAUGUGUUCAAUUUGCUAUAAAGAACACCUUCAAAGACAGAAUAGUAGUAAUGGUAGAAUUAGCCCUCCUGCAACUUCUGUCAGUAGUAUAACUGAGUCUUUACCAGUACAGCACACAGAAGGCAGUGUCCCGGAAACUCAGUCAACAUUAGAAUCUACAUCUACCCAGUCUACGCAGCCAAGUCCUGUGUCAAACCAGUCACUUUUAACAGAAUCUGUAGCAUCAUCCCAAGCAGAAAUUACAGCUGUGGACAAAACAGUACCUGAAACAGAAGAUUUGCAAGCUUUAGUGUCAGAGAGUGCAGAGUCUACAUCUGAAGAACAAGACAAGUCACUUGACAAACCAAAACAGAAAAAGAAUCGCUGUUUCAUGUGUCGGAAGAAGGUGGGACUUACUGGGUUUGAAUGCCGGUGUGGAAACGUUUACUGUGGUGUGCACCGUUAUUCAGAUGUACACAGUUGUUCUUACAAUUACAAAGCUGAUGCUGCUGAGAAAAUCAGGAAAGAAAAUCCUGUAGUUGUUGGGGAAAAGAUUCAGAAGAUCUGAACUGCUACUUCUGCUGGAAUAUAAAAUCCCCUGACCAUCUGCAGAUUAAAUUGACUUGAGCUUUUUCCUUAGUCAUCAGGAAUGUAGAGCAGUGUAUCUUGCCUAGACCUUUUAAUCAUGCAUGUCAUCAGAAGAAUAGAUUUUUUUGUUUGUUUUUGUUUUGAAAAUGACUCUGAACAUUUAUUUUCAUUGCAGUUUUCUGUGGCUGAAGACUUAAGUAAACUUUACAAGUAUUAUCCUUUAAGAUCAUUUUAAUUUUAGUUGAGUGCAGAGGGCUUUUAUAACAAACAUGGAGAAAACCUGGGAGGGCUGUGCUUUUCCAGUACAAAACAUGCAUGCAUUAACGUUGCAGUUUAUUUUCUUGUUGUAUAUAGCUUUUCUCUGCAGCACGAUUUCUUUUUUGGUAAUGCCUCAUGGCACAACUAGUUAUCAGUAACUGAAUGUAUUUUAAUCAUUAUAGCUGCUUCUGGUUUUCAUUAACGAGACAGGUUAAACAUGUUAGCAUAUUAGCUUGUUUGCACCCACUACCUAUUUAUGUAUGAAUCAUUUGUAAUGAGAGAGUGUGUGCUGAGAUUAUAAGUUUGUGUGGGUUUUUUUUUUUUUUU